AUGACGAUCUACAGCUUGUACAUCUUCGAUAGACAUUGCGCCUGCGUGUACUAUCAGGACUGGCAUCGAACCGUGCGCCCCAAAGGCGCCGUUGAAGGCGGUAUGCUCCCCGCCGUCUACGCCGCCGUCUACCCCGCUGCGACUCCCGACUCGCUUUAUAACCAGCGCGGAUCCCUCGCGACCUCGGGCGUCGUCGUUGCCGUCAAUGAGUCGGGCGAUUCAACCGCCCCAGCCCAGACCCCGCUUCUGCAGCAUGCCCCAAGCCCGAUUGCCCCGAUGCCUCCACCGCCCACCGCGGCACUGCCGUUCGACGAGGAGGCCAAGCUAGUUUACGGUGUCGUACUUUCGUUGCGGAAUAUGGUCAAGAAGUUGUCCGGAAAAGACGAACAGUUUGUCAACUACCAGACCUCGACUUACAAGCUCCAUCUAUACGAAACCCUGUCUGGUUACAAGUUCGUCAUGCUCUCCGACCCCACUGCCGACUCCCUCCGUUUUGUCCUCCGCCAACUUUACGCUGGCCCGUUCCUGGAGUACGUCGUGCGCAAUCCACUCGUGGACAUGGACUCGCGGGAGCGGGGGAUCGAUAACGAGUACUUCCGGCUUACCACCGACCGGCUUGUCCGCGGGCUCACUAUAUUCCAGUAG